AUGCGACUGUUCGCGAAUUUGUCGGACUUGCGGCGUAGCAAGUCUCCGCCGCGAAGGUCGCCCGACGAGCGCGCUGUGCCGCGUCCCCCCUCCGCGCCGCUCCACCAUGAGCGUGGGCCGCACACGCCGCACACGCCGCGCACGCCGCACACGCCGCACACGCCGCACACGCCUCACCUUUCGCCGAAGAAAGAGGCCUUCAACAACCUCCUGAACAAGGGUAUAGCCGGUAAAACGCUCCCUGUUCACUGCGUGGUAGAGGCCGUUUCUUCUUUGGAGGAGGGCGCUUGGCGACGACGGGUGGUGGUAGAAACCGACAGCUAUGUGAUCAUCCCAGCCGCCACCGCCUUCCACGAGCUGGUGCCCGCCGCAAUGAUGAGGCUGGGCUACCCUCACGAACUCGCAGCUUCGGCUAAAGGUUCAGUGGUCAUAAACAAUUGGAAGCCGCUGUCGUUCGAGAAGAUUUCGGACGGGCCGCUCGCCACGGUCGGCGAGGUGUUGGGGGAGCUGACCACGGUCGCUACACUGCGGAUCCAACUGUUGCGGCCGCGGCUCACCCCCCUGCAGGACAUCAAGGACAAACUCCUGAGAUUGCUGCUUGUACAGAGCAGACCCUUGUUGAUGUCCACUGGAUGCCCGUUAGAUGAGUUCACAUUGGCUCAGAUUUGUAGAGGGCAAGACCGGACACCGGGCCCUCACAAUUUUCACGAACCUACGGAGGACAUGCGUCGGAAAUUCGAAUCCUGGUGGAGUGCCCAAGUGUCUCCAAGGCAACCACAUUACAGUCCGCGCCGCUACCCUUCGCCCGGCCCUAAAAAUCGCUCACCAACACUGAACGCCAUACCGGAUCACUUGCAUCCGGCACUUCAAACGGUUCAAAACCAAUAUCCAACUCAGAAAACAAGGAUGAGGACUAGUUUCGAUCCAGAGUUGGAGCUGCCGAAAUUGCAGCGAUGGUUUUCCGAAAACCAACAUCCUAGCCGACAACAAAUACAACAAUAUGUGAGGGAGUUAAACAAUUUAGAAUCAAGACGAGGACGGAAGCCCUUGGAUGUGAACAAUGUUGUGUACUGGUUCAAAAACGCAAGAGCUGCGCAGAAGCGCGCAGAACUGCGCAAUAUAGGUGGAUUAGGCUGUCACCUUGGCGUAAAUGGUUUUAAUAGCAGAAGUCAUAGUCCAUCUAACGGCUCUAUGAUGGCAAGUAAUGAUAAUUAUGCCAUGCAAGAUCGCAGCAUGAAGAGCCCCAUGCAGAUGUCCGGCAGUCCCGGUAGAUAUCCAAUGUCUGUUAUGUCGGAAGAUAAUUUAUCCAACGCUGGAUCUGAUUUAGAAGAUGACGGAGGGGAACUAAACCCGGAUGACAGAGCAGAAAGCCCGGAUGCCCCAUUGUCUCUUAUCACAACCAAGAAGAAUAACAACGACGAAGACAUGUCCAAAGAAUCCCCAAAGCCUCCUGAUAUUAUCAAGGUGCAUGAUAUCAAACAGGAACCGCGUGAUCUGGUCAGAUCUGAUCAACCUAAUUCGCCCCAGCGUUCGCCCGCUAAGAAUAGCGAUAGCUCUCACAACAACAACAACAAUGUUGAAGAAGAAAAUGGAGUGACGGACGACGUUGCCUCCGACGAUGAGGUGGUUCAGGAACGUCAUUAUCGCCCCACAUCUCCACACCUGGAUCGUUUACCAUUCCCCAUGGUACCAAAUCAUCCGAUGUUCGGCCACGGCAUCAUGUAUAUGAGUCAGUACAUGAGCGGCUUCCCUGGCGUCGGACCAGUGCCUGGAGAAGGCGCUAGUGGUUUGAACCUAGCCCUCGCAGGGGCUUCUGAUGAAAGACGCAAGCGUAACCGGACUUUCAUCGACCCCGUUUCGGAAGUGCCUGUUCUGGAGCAAUGGUUUUCCAUGAACACCCACCCGUCGCACAAUCUCAUUUUGAAAUAUACGGAGGAAUUGAACAGGAUGCCCUACAGGCAAAAGUUUCCGCGCCUUGAGUCAAAAAAUGUGCAGUUCUGGUUCAAAAACAGACGGGCGAAGUGCAAACGGCUGAAGAUGUCACUGUACGAGCCCUCAUCGCCCAGCCACUACUCGCAUCCCGGGCACCCUCACGCCAUCUCUGAACGGAAAAUGGUU